AUGGUGAGCUCGAAAUCAGAUGGGUUCAUGCCCGUCAACAGCAAUACUCCUACGGGAAGUGAUCCUCAAACCACCAGUCGCAAUAUUCACAUUGCUCUCAACAACGUCAGUGCUUGGACCCCUGAAAGACGGCUAGAUGUGGUCACAGUUGGAGCUGGGUUCUCGGGUUUGAUAUUCGCACAUAAAUUACAGCACCAAUAUCCUGACAUGCAAGAUAUGUGUGAUGUGCCUGCUCACAUAUACGCUUUCCCUUUCGACCCGAAGACUGAUUGGAGUCACUAUUAUGCUACGGGACCUCAGAUCUACGAAUAUAUGAAAACUACUACUAGAAAAUGGGAACUGGAUAGAGAUAUCAAGUUUAAUCACAAAGUUAUCGAAGCAGUGUGGCAAGAGCAACUAGGGAAAUGGAAAAUCACGAUUGAAAAUGAGAAUCAAACAAUUGUGGAAUUUGCUGAUAUACUGAUCUCCGGCCAAGGAGUUUUGGACAAAUGGAAAUGGCCACAGAUAAACAAUUUCGAACAGUUUCAGGGCCACAAAUGUCAUUCGGCCAAUUGGGAUCAUGAAUACGAUUACUCGAACAGAACAGUCGCGGUUAUUGGUAAUGGCUCUUCUGGAGUUCAGAUUAUCCCUCAGCUGGCAAAGCUACCCAACACUAAGGUGAUCAGCUUCCAAAGAAGCCCGAAUUUCGUCUAUACUCCUUUUACUCCUGCAGCAUUACUAGGGCGAUCCGACCCCAGCUCCAACCCUGCAUACUCUGACGAUGAUCAGAAGCGGUUUGCCGAGCAACCCAACGCCCACAGAGAGUAUCGGAAGAAGAUUAUUCAUUUUAUUAAUAGUGGCUUCACUAGGUAUGUUAAAGGUUCACCGCUCAACUUGGAGGCUAGCAAAGCCGCGAAAGCCCAAAUGGAGGAAACUCUGCGCCACGAUCCUGAGCUUUGCACAAAGCUCAUCCCCGAAUGGAGUUUAGGAUGUCGCCGAAUCACGCCUGGCGAAGGCUACCUGGAAUCUUUCCUACGGCCAAAUGUUCAGCUCGUUAUGAGUCCUGUUGCAGAGAUGACGAAUACUUCUUGCAUUGCGGCUGAUGGUCGUACGUUUGAAGUUGACGUUGUUGUAUGUGCAACAGGCUUUGACGUCUCAAACAAGCCUCAGUGGCGUAUGAUUGGAAGAAAUGAAGUUGAUCUCGGCAAAAUGUGGGAGGUAGAUCCUGAGUCAUAUUUAUCAAUAUGUGCUCGGGAUAUGCCUAACUACUUUAUGUUCCUUGGUCCUAAUGCGGUGGUGGCGCAUGGAUCAAUUAUCGAAGCCAUCAACUGGACCGGCGACUAUAUUAUUAAAUGGAUUCGAAAGAUUGCUUCCGAGAACAUCAAAUCGAUAGUUCCACGGGCUUCUGGGGUAGACGAACUCAUCGCUUAUGGCGACCAAAUCCACAAGACGAUGGUUUGGACAGACACAUGCAAGAGCUGGUUUAAACGGAAUACUAUCAACGGGAGGGUUACAGCCGCAUUCGCUGGCAGCGCAUUGGUUUUCAAGAAGUUGCUCAGUGAAAUUCGUGGGGAAGAUUUCGAGAUCGAGUACUGGCGUGAUAAUCGCUGGGCUUUCCUGGGAAAUGGGUUUACGAACUUCGAACUCGAUCAUGGCAAUGAUUUAGCGUGGUACAUAGAGAAGUAA